GGAGUCCAGUUGCAAAAGUCGCUAAUUUACUUUUUUUUAAAUUUUGAGCUGGCAAUGUCAAUCGCCAGCCAAUUCUACCUUCUAUCGUUCUGCCUACUAUAUACGGCGCCAAAACCCGCUUAUUUCCUACAAAAUCAAUCACAAAAGUGAAAUUGGUUGCAAAAGUCAUUAAUUUAUCACGGCGUUUGACUCCAUAACUCAUUUAUUUUCCGAAAGAGGUUAGUUGUCAAAACUCGUUACUUUUCAUAUAAAAUUUCAUGUACCGUUGCAUACGUCAUUCAUUUCUCAUUUUUGAAUCUGACAAUAUCAUGUUUGACGUUUUACUGUAUCAGUGAUCGUGAACAAUUCAGUCUUCGGCGUUUGUGCGGUUAGAGUGCCGGCUUUGUGAAAAGGUAAAUAUGAGUGCGUGAAAAAUGUAAUAAUCGUAUAGUUUUGUUAAUCUAGCUGUGGUCUACAGAGAUGGGUCGAUGUGUCGGAGAUUACGAUCGUGGGAAAGGAAGAAAGAGAAUUGCAAACAAAAGGGAAUGGAAAAGGGAGAAGGCCAAAAGGAUUCGGUAUAAACUUUGUAAUAUUAUUUACUAUUCUUUUUAUUCAAUUAUCUCUUUUUAUACACAGGUAUAGUGCUCAUGCGCCUCCACAACUCCCUUCUUGUAACCACAAGGACACAUCGUCAUUUAAGUGUGCGAAACUCACGCAGCUUGACAUUGAAAAUUUCCACAAAAUGUUGUAUGCAAACAAAUCAAAACAAUCACAAGAUUGUCUGUUGCUCAAGUACACCAAUCAAUCGCUGCCGAAAAAGCGAAGUGAAACUGUUGAUGGCAAACGAAAAGUUGCUGUAACUACAACAUACUUUGUCCCGAGAAAAACGGGAAACGUUAAGGUCUGUCAGAAAACAUUUCUGAAUGCUUUGCGGGUAUCAAAGGACAGAGUGCGAAUUUUGUGCCAACGCCACUUCCUCAAAGGAGAAACGCCAAAGGAGCGACGUGGCGGAUAUCGAGUUAACCAGGCAUUCGCUGAAAAAAGACAAACCGUAAAAAAUUUCAUCGACCAGUUGCAGCCUGUUGAAUCGCAUUACGGGAGAGAUAAAUCAACGCGUCUGUAUUUACAAUGUGAUCUCAAUAUCAGGAAGCUUUGGAGGCUGUACAACAGUGCACAAGGAAGUUCCUGUUCACAAGUGAAAUAUGAGUUUUUUCGCGGUAUUUUUACCAAAGAUUACAAUAUAAGCUUUAAAACUCCAGCAACUGAUGCCUGUUCAACAUGUAUAGAACUUCGGCUCAGUAUUCAAAAUUCAAAUGGUGCCGAAAAAAUUCAUAACAUGGCUAUGUUACGAGUUCACCGCCUAAAAGCAAAGGCAUUUUAUGAUGAGCUGCGGACUGAGAAAAGCGACACCUUGAUGUUAGCGUUUGAUUGCCAAAAGAACUUAGUAUUGCCAAAAGUGCCAGAUCAGUCCGCAUAUUUUAGUCGGCAACUGUACUUGUUUAAUUUUACUGUAUGUGCAGGCUCAUCUAAAAGUGAACAAAAUAAGGAAACUGUCACUAUUUAUCCUUGGUUGGAAAAUGAGUAUUAUCGCAAUGCAAAUCAAAUUGCUUCCACAGUUUUUUACCAAUUAAAUACCACUGCUUUUGAGACAAACAUUACAAAUGUCCAACUUUUUGCUGACGGUUGCCCUGGGCAAAACAAAAAUAUGGUUCUAAUAGGAAUGCUAAUGUACUGGCUGCAAAUGAAGGCACCUAAACAUGUUAAAAUCAUUGAAGUGGUAUUUCCGGUAGUUGGACAUUCAUUUUUGCCGCCAGAUCGUGUUUUCGGAAGAAUUGAACGGAGCAUUAAAAAAAGAGAAUCUAUUGUCAAUCCCAAUGAAUAUAUUGAAAUUUUUGAGGAAUCCGGCACCGUCAGACAGUUCGGCAAUAACAACUUAUUGGUAUACAACUGGAAAUCAGCCCUUGGCAAAAUUCUUAAACCCACAGCGCAGUGGCAUUUUAAAAUAUCACUGUGUAAAAGAAUUAUAUGCAUAUGCACCAAGUCCAGUUAA